AUGGAAGUCCUUUAUUCGAAUUUCACGGAAUCACUUCCGAUUAUCAAAAAGGCCAUUCUUGAAGCCGAUUUCAUUGCCAUUGAUGCGGAAUUCACAGGUUUGCAUCCGUCCAACAUUCACUUGUACCCAAGUGACGAUCCUCAGACCCGUUACGACAAGAUCAGAAAUAGCGUCAAGGAAUUCACCGUCAUUCAAUACGGAAUUUGCGCAUUCAAACGAACUGGCGAUCGAUAUGUUGCCAGUCCCUUUAAUUUCUAUAUCUUUGGACGUGAUACCAACGAGAUUGCUUUCCAUCGCAGCUUCCUAUCAAGUGCCAGCUCUUUAAGCUUUUUACUGCAGAAUAAUUUUGAUUUCAACAAGUUGAUCGCCGAAGGCAUCCCUUUUUGUAACUAUACCGAAGAAGAGGCCAUGUACCCGUCGUCGAGCGGCACUACCCUUGUUGAUCCAAGACUUUAUGUCGAAUCUUCGGUAAGAUCAUUCUUGUUAUCUUUUGCCAAACACAACUUGUAUUCACAAAUCGUAAAUAGAACGAAAAUCUCAGAAUGGCUCCAGGCGGAAUCGCAGAAGCCGUUGAUUAUUCAGACAAAUUCCGGUUUUCAAAAAAAACUAAUCUAUCAAGAAAUCAGAAAGAGUUACAAUGGGUUCCUGAAAGCCGCCACACGCGAUACCAAACAUUUACAAAUUACCAAAUUAUCGGAAGAAGAACGUCGUAGCCGGCCCAAAGCUAGUAGAUUUACCGGUCCCAACUUUCGUACAGUGAUUGAUCUGAUCAAUGAAGCGGGUGUUCCCGUGGUGGCGCACAACGGCCUGUUCGAUCUGUGUCAUUCAAUAGAUCAGUUUUGGCGUUACCUUCCUCAGAAUAUGGUGGAAUUUAAAAAAACCGCCAAAGAAAUGUGGCCAAAUUGUUUCCAGUCCACCGUCUUGGGCAAUUUGUAUGCAGCGGUACAAGAAGAAAUGGAAGAGAGCGGACCCAAAGUUGUUAUGGCGGAAAACUUUGAUCGAUAUCAAGGCCAAAGUUUCCAUGAAGCAGGCUAUGAUGCCUAUAUUACUGGAUAUGUUUAUAUCGCCUUUGUACAUUUUAUUCUGGAAAAGCAAGAGGAAACUCAAGAGAACAGUGAAAAGGAAAAAAGCAAAAUUGAUGACAACGCAACCGUGGAACACGAUAAUCAUGAGGCCGAUAGCGACAGUGAGAAUGACAGCGAUAACGAGAACGACGAUGCUCCUCCCGAACCGAAAAAGAGAAAAUUGAGUCUUGACACAUCGGACAGCGUGACGUCCCGGAAACUAUUCUUGAAAGAAUCACUUACACCCUACUAUAAUCGCAUUUAUCUGAUGCGAUGUGACUAUCCUUACAUUGAUCUGGAAAAGACCGAAGAAUACAUUUUCAUGGAGCGCGCCAACCGAUUCUUUUUGAGUAAUAUACCGAUUGGGUUGAGCAAGGAAGGCCUGGAAAAGAUAUUCCAUGAUCUUGCGCCUCUGUCUAUCUUCUGGGUCAAUGAUAGCCAAGCCUGGAUGGAUAUCAAGCAUCCGAACAGGAUUGAAUUAGCAAAGUCUGGCCUGGUUGGUGUUGAGAAAAUCUUGCCUUUUUUGGUGGAAGGUGCCGAAGGAAACAGUUAUGGCAUCACAGCUGACGCAGCCAAGAUUCUGAUCAUGACGCACAAAGAAUGGCGAGAAAAGUUGAGCCCUACAGCGUCAACAGAUGCCGGUGAACAGAACGUGAAGCAGGUAGCGACGGAUGCUAAGCCAGCCAAUGGCGUAGCGAAUGCAAAUACCAGUUCCAAAAAAUCAAGUACUGUGCCCGCCUCUUCCAACACCAUGCCCAUGUCCACCCAAUUGAUGAAUAACGAAGUGCCCACUGGAGGAUCUAGCUAUGAUGGUAAAAACUAUUCAAAAAUGAAGGUCCAUGGUUACAGUUUAACUGAUAGUUACUUUACAGAUUUAGAUAUCCCGUUACCUCCAAGUUUCCAACGCCUUCGAGAGCCCUCUAAUGCUAUUAAGAAAGCUACGCACAACCAGCAGCAUGGGCAUCAAUGCGCCAAUCAUCAAUCAAAGAAACGUGCUUUUGAGUCUUCCCAAGAAAGCCAUCAUGUAAAGCAAAACAAGGCCCAACGAAAGAAACAAAAAUCGCAACAUGAUCUGUAG